GCGGGCGGGGCGGCCAAGGCGGCGGCGACGCGGAGACGGGCGCGGGCCGAGGGCGCGAGCCGACCGGGUGCACCGACGACCAUGGCCUCCAAGUGCCCCAAGUGCGACAAGACCGUGUACUUCGCUGAGAAGGUGAGCUCGCUGGGCAAGGACUGGCACAAGUUCUGCCUGAAGUGUGAGCGCUGCAGCAAGACGCUGACGCCAGGGGGCCACGCCGAGCAUGACGGGAAGCCGUUCUGCCACAAGCCCUGCUACGCCACGCUGUUCGGACCCAAAGGUGUGAACAUCGGCGGCGCCGGCUCCUACAUCUACGAGAAGCCCGCCGCAGAGGGCCCGCAGGUCACCGGCCCCAUCGAGGUGCCCGUGGCCCGAGCCGAGGAGCGGAAGGCGAGCGGCCCCCCGAAGGGGCCCAGCAAAGCCUCCAGCGUCACCACCUUCACGGGGGAGCCCAACAUGUGUCCUCGCUGCAACAAGAGGGUCUACUUCGCCGAGAAGGUGACGUCUCUGGGCAAGGACUGGCACCGGCCGUGCCUGCGCUGCGAGCGCUGCGGGAAGACGCUGACCCCGGGCGGGCACGCGGAGCACGACGGCCAGCCCUACUGCCACAAGCCCUGCUACGGAAUCCUCUUCGGACCCAAGGGAGUGAAUACCGGAGCUGUGGGCAGCUACAUCUACGACAGGGACCCCGAGGGCAAAGUUCAGCCCUAGGCCCCUGCCUGCCCAGGGCCCGCGGCGGCUCCGCGGGGGAGUCCUGCCUCCGUUGGUCCGGGCGCAAGUCCAGGGCCUGCGUGUUGGGGAGGAGGACGCCAGUGGGCUUCUCCAGAAGAGACCGCCCACCAUUGCCCUCGGCGUGCCCGCCUGUGCCCGCACCGCGCCCCUCUGUGCCCUUGGGCCUCCCUGCCUGUGUGACCCCACGUGUCCUCAUGUCUGUGUCUCCUGGCCCCGCGUGUCCCCAUGGGCCUGGGCGAGUCUCACUCUCCUCCCACUAUUUAUCUCCCUUUGCGGGGGGCCACAGCCGCACCCCAGGACGAGGCCUCUGCUGUCUCCCACGCUGCCUCCCAAGCACUGCCCACCACCCUCACGUGGUUCACACGCAACGCAGACUUUUGCUCAAUAAAAUGUUUGAGGAUC